UGCAGCGAUUAUGGCAUGAUUGACGAUCUGAUCUACUUCUCCAACGAGGUGGUGACUAGCAAAGUGCUCCUGAACGUUGGGCAGGAGGUUAUUGCAGUUGUGGAAGAAAAUAAAGUGUCCAAUGGACUGAAAGCAAUCAGGGUGGAAGCUGUCUCUGAUAAAUGGGAGGAGGACAGCAAAAGCCAGGGCGGAGGGCUGUCCGACUCCCGCCCCCGCGUGCUGAUGGGCUGCGUGACGUCGCUGACGAAGGGAGCCGGCUACAUCAACCAGACCACACACUUUUCCCUGACGAGCGUCUGUGAGGGUUUCGAGCCAUGCAAGGGUGACUGGGUGGAGGCCACGUACUGGAUCCGGCCUGGCACGUGGAGCAGUGAGGCCCUAUCAGUGAAGCCGCUGCGGUACAAGCGUGUGGACAGGGUCUGCAUCUCCAGCCUCUGUGGGAGGAACGGGGUGAUCGACGACAGCGUCUUCUUCACCCUGGACUCUCUGAAGCUCCCCGAUGGGUACGUGCCGCGAAGGCACGACGUGGUCAGCGCCGUGGUGGUGGAGAGCAGCCAGUCCUGCUAUAUGUGGCGGGCGCUGUGUGUGAUCCCGGUGAAGAGACGAGACGACUCUGCCUCCUCGGCCGCUGAAGGGACCUGCGAAGCCCUUUUACUGAAGAACAAAGGUGGCAUUGAAGUCACGAGAGAGACAGACUUUGGGACGCUUACGGAGGGAGGAAGUAGGAGCCUGGUAAUCUGCAUUGAGAAUAAAGGAGACGUUCCGCAAAACCUGGUCAGCUGUAAGCUGGCCGGCUGGGACAGAACCAGGCAGUUCCGCUUCCAUAUGCUGCAGGGGCCCCAGCGCUGCCUGCCAGCCUCUGCUCCCAACCCUGAGAAGCAGGGGAGCUUCUCAUCAGACAGUGGCCCGGACAGCAAGACCUACCUGAUGUCGGAGAGCAGCCUGGCCCACAACAGAGUCAUCUCUCCAGAUGACUGCACCUGCAGAGGAGAAGAUGAAGGGAAAGGACAGAGCAUCUCCAUGAGGCAGAGCACAGAGCCAGAACCCAGCGGGCUCAUCCCUCCCGGUGGAAAAACUCUGAUCGUGGUCAUCUGUGAGGCAAAGACUGCCGGACGCUGCAAGGAGCUGCUCCUGCUCUGCUUCUCCAGCUUCCUCAUUGGGCGCUUCCUGGAUGUGAGCGUGGUGAGUGCGGAGGAGUCCCUGAUAGCCGUGCGUGAGCCCUUCCUAUGGAAGAAGUCUAAGAGUCCCCAGGUGCCUACACCCACGAAAACUACAGUUGUCGUGACCACGCAGAAAAGGAAUUCAAGACGGCAACUUCCAAGUUUCCUUCCCCAGUACCCAAUACCUGACCGACUGAAGAAAUGCGUGGAGCAAAAAAUUGACAUCCUGACUUUUCAGCCAUUACUCGCAGAGCUUUUGAACAUGUCCAACUACAAGGAGAAGUUUUCAACACUGCUCUGGCUGGAGGAGGUUCAUGCGGAAAUGGAGCUGAAAGAGUAUAACAUGAGCGGGGUCACCUUGAAAAGAAGUGGGGAGUUCCUGGUGCUGGAGGUCCCUGGAUUGGCCGAGAGCCGGCCUUCUCUGUAUGCAGGUGAUAAACUGGUUUUGAAAACGCAGGAGUACAACGGACAUGUUGUCGAGUACAUUGGCUACGUGGUGAAGAUUCUCGAAGAAGAUGUGACGCUGAAGCUGAACCCGGAAUUUGAACAAGCGUAUAACUUCGAGCCUAUGGAUGUGGAGUUUACCUACAACAGGACCACGAGCAGGAGGUGCCACUUUGCACUGGAACAGGUCAGCCACUUAGGAGUGAAAGUGUUGUUUCCAGAAGAAAUCAUCUUACAGUCUCCCCAAGUGACAGGCAGUUGGAACUGUGCACAAGACACCAAGCACGAUGAGCAGCCGCCCGCCAAGAAUAGGGAAGCUAUAAAGGACCAACCUGAGCCUGCCACCAGGACAAGCCAGGCAGGUGCCCAGGACCCACGAGGGCUGGCGGCCUUUGCUACAAGGACAAGUCACCUGGGAGAGGAGCUGCAGACCCCUGAGGCCAGAGAGAAGGAAUUCUUCAACCCGCUGCUCAAUGAGAACCAGCAGCUGGCUGUGAGGAGGAUUCUGAGUGGCGACUGCCGGCCCCUCCCAUAUGUCCUCUUCGGACCUCCUGGAACAGGGAAGACAGUGACCAUAAUAGAGGCUGUGCUACAGGUGUACCACGCCCUGCCGGACAGUCGGAUUUUGGUGUGUGCGCCCUCCAACAGCGCAGCCGACCUUGUGUGCCUGCGACUGCAUGAGAGCCGCCUGCUGCGGCCAGGCACCAUGGUCCGCGUGAACGCCACCUGCAGGUUCGAGGAGACGAUCAUCGAGGCCAUAAAGACAUACUGCAAAGAUGGGGAGGACAUCUGGAGGGCCUCCCGCUUCCGCAUAAUCAUCAGCACCUGCAGCAGUGCCGGGCUCUUCUACCAGAUCGGAGUGCGAGUCGGACACUUCACACACGUGUUUGUGGAUGAAGCUGGACAGGCCAGUGAGCCGGAGUGCCUCAUUCCUCUGGGGCUGGUUUCAGAUGUCAGUGGCCAGAUUGUCCUUGCGGGAGACCCCAUGCAGCUUGGCCCCGUCAUCAAGUCCAGACUGGCCAUGGCCUACGGGCUGAACGUGUCCAUGUUGGAAAGACUGAUGUCCCGGCCCGUGUACCUGAGAGAUGAAGAUGCUUUUGGCGCUUGUGGUGCCUACAACCCUUUGCUGGUGACAAAGCUCGUGAAGAACUACAGGUCCCACGCAGCCCUGCUGGCCCUGCCCUCCAGGCUGUUCUACCACACGGAGCUCGAGGUCUGUGCGGACCCCAAGGUGGUGGCCUCCUUGCUGGGCUGGGAGAAGCUGCCCAAGAAGGGCUUCCCGCUCAUCUUCCACGGCGUGAGGGGCAGCGAAGCGCGUGAGGGGAGAAGCCCAUCAUGGUUCAACCCGGCCGAAGCUGUCCAGGUCAUGCGCUACAGCUGCCUCCUGGCCAGGAGCCUUUCCAGCCAGGUGCCGGCGCAGGACAUCGGCGUGAUCACACCCUACCGCAAGCAGGUGGAGAAAAUAAAGGUUCUGCUGAGGAACGUGGAUCUGAUGGACAUCAAGGUUGGCUCGGUGGAGGAGUUCCAAGGACAGGAGCACUUGGUUAUCAUCAUCUCAACUGUUCGGUCAAAUGAAGAUCGGUUUGAGGAUGAUAGAUAUUUUUUGGGUUUCUUGUCCAACUCAAAAAGAUUUAACGUCGCCAUCACCAGACCCAAGGCCUUGCUGAUUGUGCUGGGCAACCCCUACGUCUUGGUCAGAGACCCCUGCUUCGGUGCUUUGCUGGAAUACAGCAUCACAAACGGUGUGUACACAGGGUGCGACCUGCCGCCCGAGCUGCGGCACCUGCAGGAGUGA